AUGUCUUCACUCAUCCCCAAGAACUUUACCAUCAAGCAGGUGUUAGGAGAAGGGGCUCAUGGUAAAGUGGUCAGAUGUGUCACAGAGGUGGCCGUCAAGGUGCCUCACAACCUGGCCAUGAAAUCCGCGGCCAUGAUGGAGAAGGAGGUAUUGUCCUUACUCAGGGACUUGGAUGAAAAUAUCAUCAGUUUCUUGGGUUCCUUCCCCACACCGUUUGGACCAGCGCUGAUUCUGGAGGCCCUCGACAUGAAUCUGAAGGAGUACAAGACGAAAGUUUCUCCAAAUGGGUUGCGGUUGUGUGAUGUCAGAGCUCUCAUUCGCCAGAUGGGCUCAGCUCUGAGGAUCUUGAGAGCUGCAGACCUCCUGCACACUGACAUAAAGCCGGACAACAUAAUGGUCUGUGAUCACCGCAGUGGAAGCCUCCAGUUGAAGCUGAUCGACUUUGGCCUGGCCGAGCACCGGAGCUCAAUAGAGCCCGGGUCAAUCAUCACCUCUCUGCCGUACCGAGCUCCUGAAGUCCUCUUAGGUCUGGACUACAAUGCAGGCGUAGACAUUUGGUCUCUGGGAGUCUCAGUGGUCAACUUACUGCUGGACAGAUCUGUGUUCAGGCCGAGAACCGAGUUUGAAGCAAUGAGAACCAUCGUCCUUCUCGUCGGCUCACCGAGUCAUGGCAUGCUUGAGGAAAGCAUUGAAGCACCCACGUUCUUUGUUGACACUCCCAGUGGAUGGAGGAUAAAGACCAAAGAAGAAUUUGCCUCUUCAAAUAAUUAUAACAUGCAGCAUUCCCGUUCUGGGCCAUCACUGUGGAAUCAGCUAAGGAUGAAUUGCAAAAUGCAGGAGCUGGAGACCUGCAUUGAUCUUCUGAAGUGGAUGCUGGAUGUGAAUGAGGCGACGCGGAUCACUCCAACACAAGUCCUGCAGCAUCCCUUCAUCUCUGCUCAUCAAGAGGCGGCUCCAGAGAAGGCUCCAGAAAAAGCUCCAGAGGAGGCCCCAGAGGAGGCCCCAGAGGAGGCCCCAGAGAAGGCUCCAGAGAAGGCUUCAAAGGCGGCUCCAGAGGAGGCUCCAGAGGAGGCUCCAGAGGAGGAAGAGGACCAGCGUGAUGCGACAGAGCAAAGAGGUUCUCCUGAGAAUGAAGGGAGCUUUAACUCUUUUGAGAAAAGUUUGAAUAUGUUUUCGAUGCCCAUUCAAUUCCGUUUCAUCAAUGUUCUUGAAAGAGGAAACUUUGGUGAGAUGUUCAAGUGCAGCCGGGUGGACACUAGCCAGAUUGUGUGCAUCAGAGUCCCACGAUCGCAAGAACUGCUCAAAAACGAGGUUUCUCUGCUGCUGAGAAUGAAGGAUAAGGGUGCUGAACAACGCAACAUCGUGGAGUAUUUAAUGACCGCAGAGUACGGCUUUGACAGGGCUCUGGUCUUUGAGAAUCUAGACCUCAGUUUGUCUAGUUUCUUAAAACUCCAGUAUCAGAUAGGUCUGAAAGAGGUCCGGUCCAUCGUUCAGCAGGCGGCGACUGCUCUAAACUUUUUGAAGUCCAUGAAGAUCAUCCUCACAAAUCUGACCAUGGACAGUUUUUGGCUGUGUGAUCGUGAGCCCAUCAAAGUCAAACUGGUUGACUUUAGUUCUGCUGUUAGCAGUAAGCGGGCUGACAAGGAGAUCAUGGUACCGCCACCCACCAGCUUUAGAGCUCCUGAGAUCAUCCUGGGCCUGUCCUUCUCCGAGGCCAUAGAUGUGUGGUUGUUGGCAAAUAUCACAGUCACCAUGUUACUUGGAUUCAACAUCUUCCCCGAGCAGAAGCCGUUUGAGACUUUGAAGGUCCUGGUCAGGCUUCUGGAGCAGCCCGCUGACCAUGUUCUGGAGGAAGCUCCUAAUGUCGAUCAGUUUUUCAAGAAGGUCGACGAUACCUGGAGACUGAUGACUGAUGAAGAAUACACAGCACUCACUGGACAGGUCCCUGCUGAAGUCCUGACGUCCAUCCUUGGAGAUCACAUGUCACUGACGGAUCUACUGGAGGCCAAGGUCGCUGCUUCAGGGAUGUACAGAAAAUAUGAUCUCCUGGCCUGCUCCGAUCUUUUGUACGAGAUGUUUGUAGUCAACGCCGCGGACAGGAUCACGCCGGACCAGAUCCUUCAUCACAUGUUCAUCACUCAAGACUUGUUCGUAUCAACAAAUAGUGAGGAUGAGGAGUCUGAGGAGGAAACUGACAGCGAGACUGAUGAGGAGGCUGAAGAGCAGGCUGAAGAGGAGUCCCAAGAUGCUCCUUCUAAACACCUCAGCAGUUCAAUAUGGCAGCACCAGAACAGCAGAGUGAUGCCAACAUUUGCUCCACCAGAGACAGUGGAGUUUUUUCAGGACAGUCCCAUUGUCCAUUUACCUCUGGUCAUCAACGGGACCGCAGUAAAGACUUUUGGACAGCCAAUGUACUCAUACCAUUCACCAGGGGUCAUUAUGGUCAAGCCCAUCGCUCCGGAAAGUGAGGUAGAAGACCAGGAGGAGCUCCAGGUCUGCGAGAGUGUCAGUGCUCUACCAGUGUACUCACACCGUUCACCAGGGGUCAUUAUGGUCAAGCCCAUCACUCCGGAAAGUGAGGUACACGACCAGGAGGAGCUCCAGGUCUGUGAGAGUGUCAGUGCUCUACCAGUGUACUCACACCGUUCACCAAGGGUCAUUAUGGUCAAGCCCAUCGCUCCGGAAAGUGAGGUACACGACCAGGAGGAGCUCCAGGUCUGCGAGAGUAGUGAGGAUGAGGAGACUGAAAGGGAGACUGAUGAGGAGGCUCAAGAGGAGACUGAUGAGGAGGCUCAAGAAGAGACUGAUGAGGAGGCUUAA